AUGGCCACUUCAAUCCCCGACGAGAUUCUCCCUUCGCCUGGAGCCUCGCCGGCCAGUCCGGCCUCCUCCAGCGGGCAAAUUCCUCUCGAUCAACCCCCCAAACUCAAGGGUCGCCAGAGGUUGUUGCAGAAUCUCCAACGGAUGUCGUCGAGUCCCACGCUAACCCGCCGUGGCCGAUCGGCGUCGACGGGGUAUCGGCGGGACCACAAGGCGUCCUUAUCGUGCGUCUCGUUAUCGAGUGCCGCCCACUCGCCCUGCUGGGCCAACGGCAGCACUUCACAACUCUAUGGAGGACUUCAUCCCGGACCACCCACUCCAGGGUCGAUCGGUCCGCUAGAAGAGGUGGAAGAUGACAAUGCCCGCAUCCGUCUCGUCGGCACCGCUUCGUCGGCGUCGCGCAGCGUUCCGGUGCCUCUGGAGUUUCGGCCCAUCUCCCCCAGCAGUGCCACCCCGGCCGAGGAGACCGCCGAUCAUGCCACACCAACCAUCACGUCCCAACCCAUCUUGCCGGACACCGUUCCGUCACGCACGAUUGACUUUUGGGGGGAUAUGCCACGGGAACUCCAGGUGCAGAUCCUGCGGUAUCUGACCCCCCGUGAAGUCGUGCGCUGCUCGAUCGUGUCAAAACGGUGGCAUGAGAUGUGCUUCGAUGGUCAAUUGUGGAGCAGACUGGAUGCCUCCGAAUACUACUCGAAGAUCCCCGGCGAGACUCUAGUCAAACUCAUCACCUCGGGCGGUCCCUUUAUGCGCGACCUGAAUCUGCGAGGCUGCAUCCAGCUCAAGAACAAGUGGUCCACCCAUGGCGAGCGCAUGUCGGACGCAUGCCGCAAUUUGAUCAAUCUGUCGCUUAAAGACUCGGUCAUCGACAAGCCAUCCCUGAACUAUUUCCUCAUGCGCAAUCCUCGCCUGGAGUACAUUAAUGUCUCGGGACUCAAGAGUGUGACCAACUCGGCAAUGAAGAUCAUCGCUCAGUCGUGUCCACAGCUUGAAUCCCUCGACGUGUCGUGGUGCAACAACGUCACGACGCAGGGACUCCUCCGUGUGGCUCAGUCCUGUGACCGGCUCAAGGAUCUACGCGCGAGCAACAUUCGCGGUUUCAACGAGGACAGCGUGGCGCGGGCCUUGUUUGAACAAAACACCCUGGAACGCCUCAUCAUCAGUCGCACGGACUUGACCGAUGACACCCUCAAGGUCCUGAUGCAUGGCGUGGACCCCGCCGUCGAUGUCCUCACGGACCGACCGAUCGUUCCGCCCCGGCGACUGAAGCAUUUGGACUUGCACCGCUGUGCCGACAUUACCGACCGCGGCCUCAAGAGCCUGGCCUUCAACGUCCCUGACUUGGAAGGCCUGCAGGUCUCACAAUGUCCCGAACUGACGGACGACUCGAUCAUCGACGUGGUUCGAACCACCCCUCGACUCUCCCACCUCGAGUUGGAAGACCUCGACAGUCUCACCAACAACGUGUUGGUCGAGUUGGCCAAGUCUCCCGCCGCCGAGUGCCUGGAGCAUCUCAACAUCAGCUAUUGUGAAAGUCUCGGCGACCCGGGCAUGCUGCAAGUGAUGAAACACUGUGCGAAACUUCGUUCCGUGGAAAUGGACAACACUCGCGUCUCCGAUCUCACUCUGAUGGAAGCCAGCUUCCGAGUCCGGAAACGUGGCUACGGCGAGGAAAUCCCACAGAUCGGCUUACGACUGGUGAUCUUUGACUGCGCCAAUGUCACCUGGGCCGGCGUCAAGGAAGUUCUCUCAAGCAAUGCUUACAUUCCCCGUGCGCGAAAGGCUGCCCAGAAGCCGGUCGUGACGGUCGCUGCGGCAGGCUCCGACACCGAUUCCGUCACGACCCCUCCCUGCGCGACGCCCACCUCGACCCCAUCUUCACCACCCGUGUAUCCCUCCGAGAUCAUCUAUCUCAAGAGCUUCUACGGCUGGCAACCCACAGUGGAGGAGCAUACGAAACGUGUGCUCCGCGGUGAUCUCAACGCAGCAAGUCGUCUUGAUCGCAAAUGGGCCGAUUACAUGAUGGCCACCGAGGAAGCCGGCGCGACUGGGGCCGGGGCACGCCGUAGACGCCGACGCGCUCGCGAGGCCGAAAGACUCUACAACGCCGACGGAGAUGACGAGGAUAGUUACGGCGUGGGGGGAGUCACGGCCAUCGGCGGCCGACGUCGUCGUGCCCAAAGCGGUGGCUGCACCGUGAUGUAA